GAAUCGAAGUGAAAACACGUGUUUUGAUUACAUCUUCACUUGACACUCAAUUCUCCAUCUCGCCUUCUAUUUUGAAGGCAUCGACGUUGAUUCAAAGUGAAUCAAGAACUUGCAGUACACAGCUGUGAUACUUUCGUUCUAAACUGAUUUGUAAGCCGCUCAUCCCGCAUUAUUUUACACUCGCCGAGAACAGUGUUACCAACAUGAUGCCUAUGAAUGACAGCAACGAUAUCUCAAAGCUAAGUAUUACUGGCGAUCCUAUGAUGAGCGACCUCGACUUCUAUAAUUUGCCGUUCUGGUUAAUUCCCUCAGAGGAGAAAGAGGAACCCGCGCAAAACGUCCCAGACACCACUCUGGACUUAAAUGAAAUGCCCGCCUGGUUGAGCGAGACGUUUCCAUCGCGCAAUUUUCCCGAGGAGGAUGCAGCGUCAGAGCAAUCAAAUCUGAGCCCAUCUCCAUCUGCGUGUAGCUCAACGAGCACAGGACACUUUUUUACCCUCGAAAUGAGCGCUAAAGAGGCUCUGUUCACAGAAACAGAGCUACGAGAGCUCUCUGUGAAAGAAAUCAACAACCUGUUGAGAACCAGAGGGCUUUCGAAGGAUGAAAUCGCUCGGGUCAAGCAACGACGAAGGACAUUGAAAAACCGAGGCUAUGCCCAGCAUUCAAGGAUGCGUAGAAUCCAGACCAAGAAUGACUUGGAGGUCGAGCGAGACGGUCUACAAAAAGAGCUUGACAGCCUAAAACAACAGGUAGCUACAGCCCUCCGCGAGCGAGACUUCUUCAAGAAUAAAUAUGUCAAGCUCCUGUCACAAGUAUCGAAGCUGCCAGGAAAGGUAUUGAAGAUCAACCCAUUGGAAAAGUGAACUCAUAGACUUAUAAAAACUUGAAUUCAAAUACUUUGUACACGUACAAGUGCUAGCUCCGAAAGCAUCAGGCCAUGAAAUCGAUCGACAACGAGUUUGACAACAUCUUAACGGAACGAACUGGGUUUUCCUAUGAACAUCUUCGCUUUGAACCCUAGACUUUAGCAUUGUUACCUCUUUGUUGUUGUCUUAGAGAGUUUUUAGGCCGUUCUUGGCAUUUUUAGCUCGAUAGUUGUAAAGUGGUUUGAAAUUGCCAAACGUCGAGAAACGUUUUCGAACGUUGCGUGACGUAAUCAGUUAUUUUUAUUUAUGAAGUAAGCCGCUGACAGUGGCCAAUCUGAUGUACGGGCGACUUGUGUACCAAACUGGCCAUUCUUGUUGGACCAUUACAAAAGAAAAAACGAACAAACAAAAUCUAAACAAAACUAAAAACACAGAAACAUCAUUUGAAAAAAAUGUUGAAAAUAUUAUCCAAUUAAAAAAAAAAAGAUGUUACUAGUUUCAUUGUAUACCCUUUACAAGUUAAAGUGAAUUUUUGGCAAUACCAAGGGGAAAGUUUUUCUCAGUACCCCCAGCCGAAGCAACAGUUUUUGUUAUGUAGUGUAUAGUGAAAUAAAAAACAUUUUCCAAUA